CCACCGCGGACAGGCGGGACAAAGCACUUGUUCAGAGGGUGCUGUCUGUGAAGGAACCGUUGUCUCUGUCUCCGCCUGGGACAGCGUCUUUAAAGCGGGUUCGCGACUUUUUAAAGUGAGCCUCAGAUUAAAUAGGUCCCCUUUAACAUUAACUCUCAGAAACACGUUGAUUUUCUGUCGGGUUAACUGCUCCAAACUUUCAGAAGGAGAGUUUUGACAGGAAACAAACAGGGACUAGAAGUGUUUUGGUUUUUAUUCCCCUUCAGCAAACCGCAGUUCAGGAGCGAUGUUUGACAAGCAGCGCUACGAGAGUCCACCUGUCUACAGUCCUCCUUUCACCUCGCCAUCCAACAAUGGUUUUGGCCCCCCAGGCAGCUUCCAUGCCCCUCAGAGUGAUUACAACGCCUACCCACCUCCGCCGGGAUCUUACUACAUGGAGGAGAAACCGCAGCACUUCUACAAAUGGCUGUCACCUCCGGGGAUCAUCAAGGUCAUGAUGGCUACGGUGAUCGUGUUGUGUGUAGCGAUAUUUGCCUGCGUGGCCUCCACUCUCAUGUGGGACAUGCAGUAUGGAAUGGGAAUGGGAAUGGGAAUGGGCUACGGCAGCGGAUACGGCAGCGGAUAUGGUGGCAGCUACGGUUCAGGAUAUGGUGGUUAUGGUGGUUAUGGAGGAUAUGGAGGUUAUGGAGGAUAUGGAGGCUACAUAUCACCUUACUCAGCCAAAACCACCAUGAUCGCCAUGGCAGCCAUAAACUUUAUAGGGGCGCUGGCCUUCUUCAUCACCAGCUUCUCGAAAUCCAACACUGUCCGCAGUAGGAAGUUCUUUCUGGCCCUCAUGAUAGCCAGCAUCAUUAUGGCUAUCCUGCAGGGCAUCAUAAACAUUGUCUACAUUGUCGGGGUGAAUCCCAUGGCCCAGGGCUCCUCUAGUAUGAUGUACAAUCCAAUGCUUAUGAUGUGCCAGAACCUGUACCAGACCAGCUACUCACAGAUGGGAGGAGUGGGAGGCUUCCCCAUAUACAAUCAGUAUCUCUACCAUUACUGCUUUGUGGAUCCACAGGAGGGAGUUGCCAUGGUGUGUGGAUUCCUGGUUGUCAUCGCCUUGGGUGUUGCAGCUUUCUUUGCGCACAAAACAAGAGGGAAGAUCUGGCGUUACGGGAAACCAAACAUCUACUGGGAUGAGCCUCUUGUUGGCGGAAAGGCCUCAGAGGGCAGAGAUGUAGAGGAAUGGGUGAACAAUGUGGAGGAAAGUCGCAGUGUACAAGACGCCCCUACCCUGCUGGUGUCAGAGAAGGGAGCCGGCUUGCUCAAUGCCUCAGCGAAUAGUGUCAUCUCCUUCCCUCCAGGCAAGGUGGACAGCAGCUGCUAUAAAGGGGAUGAAUUCGACAACAACAACGAGUACUCAGAGAGGACCACCAGCCGACCGUCAGAAGCUUUCUCCCACUGUGGACGAACCAGCUCCAGCCCUUCAGAGGAGACCGGCGGGGGCCGCAAACCUUCUGCCAACAGGGGCAAGAGACGCAGACGUAACCCCGAGCUGGAUGAGUCUCAGUAUGAGACAGAGUACACCACAGGAGGAGAAACAGGCAAUGAACUCGACGGAGAAGAGUGGGAGAAUACAUACCCGGAAAUAACAUGUGAUGCUGAGAGACAUGACUAUAAGAGAGAGUUUGAUGCUGACCUUGGGGAAUACAAGCGCCUAUGUGCUGAGAUGGACGACAUUAACGAUCAGCUGAACAAACUCAGCCGGCAGCUAGACACACUGGAUGAAACCUCUGCCAAAUACCAGGCUGUAGCAGAGGAAUAUAAUCAGUUGAAGGAUUUGAAGCAGACACCAGACUACAAGUCUAAGAAGAAACAGUGUCGCAGGCUGAGACACAAACUGUUCCACAUCAAACGCAUGGUGAAGAACUACGACAAGAACCACUCCUGAAUCCACUGAGUCCUGAGAAUUAGCUCUGUGGUCUACACAGCAAACACUCACAGACACAGGCCAAGACACACUCCUAAAUCCUACAAAGACUCUGUGACGUGCUGAGACCAAAGUUACUUGUACAGAACCAACACACACUGGAUACACACACAUAGGGAACACACUGUAUGCUAAUAAUAAUAAUGAUGUUUUCCUUUAUUCACUCUGAUCAGUAAUGGAUAAAUAACAAUUUUUUGGAAGAUAAUAAAAGCAGUACCUUCACCUGUAGGGACACUGCCAUUUUUUCUAAAAGGUCCAGCUCAUUGUUUGCACUGUUUGACCACUUGUGAGGAUCAGAGGGUGUGUUUCAAAGUCACCUGUGAUAACACUGUGCUCAGUUUCUGUGGCUGUUUGCUCUCCCGAUUGGCAACUUUUCUUUGUUUUAUCUCCACAGAUAAGAGGUGGAACAGUAUUGUAGAGAACAUAGUAACUGGUGAGACGGGUUGCUGGGAUUGUUUGCAAGCAAAUACGCAGUUUCUUUUAACCCUUGGCAUGGCAGCAUUAUCUUUGUCACACAUGAACUUCAGUUGGGUUUUUCUCAUCUUCUCCAACAGUGUUUGUAACUAACUUCAAUGUUGGUUAAGCUAACAGCUCUCUGCUGGAACCAUGUGUGUUUUUCCCAUGUGCUGGCUUUUUGUCGAAACAAAUAUUUUGACACUGAUCGUCAUAGAUGCAGUGAGACCAAAAAGGGGACAAACUCGCCAAUGAGAUACGUGUGGCAUUGUAUAUAUUUAUGUUCAUACUACCCACUAAGAUUACAUUUACAGUUUGUGUCUGUCUAGUAGAUUCAGCAGAUGUCUUAGCAUUUGUGAUGACAUUUCUGAUAUUUGUACAUACUGAAGACGCAUAGUGGAUUGUUUUUUUAAUCAGUGGUCAUUCGAAAUGUGCUUAGGAUAUGCAAAGUAGUAAAAACAUCCAGAGAUUUUUAUUUCUUAUCAUGCAUGCUCCUCCAAGAAAAUAAAACACUGUUUCUGUCACUGUC